AUGUUAGGAAACCAAGAAUCACAGGGAGAGCCACAGGAUAAGCUGUCUUGUCAGCUAGAACCCGAUCAAGAAGUUGCAGCGGUACUAGGAACAGGUAUAAAAUGAAAAGGGAGUGAUUCAAGCCACGUGUUCGCUGAUCUACACAAUAUAUGUAACCUGUGGAUUCAUAUAGCGAUUACCUGUUGCUCAAAUGUGUUAAAACUCACAGCCUAAAUAUAUGAAAAAUUAAACCACAACUUGUGGAAGUUAAGGGCUAUUAAUUUUGAAAACAGAGUGUAUAUGCACAUACAUGACAUAGAGCCUUAAAGAGGCAUAUUGAGGACAAAAGAACUCAAUCAUGCCGAUUUUAGGAAGCCUGAGUCACAGAAGUAAUGAACCCCGGUUACUAACGUCUGCAAAGCAGAGGCAAGAUCCUCGUUUUGGGCCCCCAACAUACUCAACGACCUAAAAUGUCUUUCGAAUUCCUUUUCUACCUGAAUGGCAAAUCAACAAUAGCUUUUUUGAUGGGCCAUUCGUCGUGCAUACUUAAAUCCUGGUACACAGGUGGGGACCUAGAACAAGGAUUUUGUCACUGUUUUGCAGACGGACUUAACCAGAGUUAAGUUUCAUCAGUGGCGCAGGCUAAUUUUAGGGAGUAUGUUUUAAGAAUGCAUUAUAUUUCUUGACAGAACCUCAUUUCGCCCAGUCUGGCCACCUGUUGGUCAAGAAAGGCCCAAGGUCUUCGUCAACAAAAGAGUUGACUGGUGGAUUCAAGGUGAGUCCUCACUAUUAAAAUGAGGCUUAUAUUAAAGGAUAUGUCCCAUUUUUGCAAAAUCAUCUCAAGUACUGUCCAUAUUCACACGCAAUAGUAAACCUGAAGUCAACAGUACUGUGGGUUAGAUCAUAACCAACUAAAUUAGUACCAUACAUAACUUAUUUAGGUCCUGCCUCAAAAGCCACCUUUCUACUAUCUCUUUCCUGGGAGGUGGUGGAAUGGAGGGGGGCGUUGCAGUGCUUCCCAUAAUGGUCUUGACAGGGGGGCUCCACCCAAAAGAGGUACCCUUUUCAAGCUUCAGGCAAAUAAAAAGUUAGGGAUUUGAUGACUGAAAGUAUAUGAAAGGGCAGCAAAAUCUGUCAUUUUAUUAAAAUAUUUCGAGCAAAUGACAAGUGCAUGUAUGCACCUUAAACUAACGCUGUAUAUUUUCAUUUCCAUUUGUUAUGUUCUCCCAAUAUACCAUUCAGCUGUACACAGGCUAUUAAAAGAUGCAUCUCUUCCAUCAGGUAUAUAUGAUAAGGGGUUGGACCUCCGGGCAUAACCUCCCUGUAUAAAACUUUGUUGAUUACCCUACUCCAAGGUCCCCUUCUUAGAGAAAGAAGGUGGUUAAGCCCCCUCCUCACUGAUCAUUUUUCUGCAGAUACAGAAUUAACGUUUUGUUUUUUUUGUAUUUGUAUACAGUUGGAGCAAGAGAUCAAAGAAUAUGUGAGCACUACUGAUAAAGCUGCCGCACAAUGUAAGCUGCAAAUCUUAUAAUUUAAUAGCAAUCAAAACUGAUAUGACUAUAAACAGGUUAGUUUAAUUGAUGGACUGCAUGUUAAUAUAGAACACUAAAUAAAUAAUUUAUCAUAUUAGGGAGCUGUCUUGUGUUAAACAUGGUAAGUCAUGGGUUAUGCCUGGUUGGGUAUGAUUAUGUCAGUGCUGUCAACUCUCCCGGAUAAUCCGGGAGACUCCAGGUUUUGGACCACAUCUCCUGGUCUUCAGAUUAGAGCAUGAAAUUUCUCAGAUAUUCACCGAAGUUUGCCAUUCAGUUGUAGACUCAACUUUCCGACGAUAAACUUUUAAAUAUUUUGCAUUGUUUGAGCUAUUUUACAGUUAACAUCGAACGUUUCAUCAUAAACUUCGGUACGGAAUAUUAUGCCAUUGCAAUGGCACAACAAUGUGAAACAUCGUAAAUUUGAGACGAUCAGGUCAAUGAGUAUUUUUUGCACAAAUGACAUCAUAUACCUUGUGAUAUGACAUCAUCUAUCAUCCCUUCCCUAUCAAUUCCAAAUAUUUGAAGACGUUGGGGGCUGACAGCCCUGUUAUGUAUAGACAAGGGUUUGGAUGAUAACAUAUUCUACGGUGCCUGAUCCAGACCUUGAGAGAAGUGUCGGGGGGAAGGGUGGUCAUCUAGACCCUUAGAUAUAAAGAGGGGGCCCCGUCUCCUCAAAAAAAAUAUUUCGGCCCUUUGGGCCUCAAUUAGCAGUCUAAAAAUAAUCCUGUUUUUCAUCUGUAGCACUGUAACCUGUGUUCUGACCUGUGGAAUGUCACCUGUACCUAAAAGAGUUUGGUCAUUUCACAAGCCAAACGUAAGCCUGAGUCAACCACGAGCCACAAGCCAAGCACGAGCAAACCUUGAGUGAAGCCCAAAUGUUAAUUUUUCCUAUUUUUGAGUUUCAUGGCCACAGAAGAGCAAUAUUACAGUAAAACCCUCCUCUUACGUUAACAACAGAUCACAAAGUGACCAAACUAUUGUAACAAAGAACUGAGGGAAUAUAUACAUGUACCUCUUGUACGUUCUAGAGUUCUUCAUUUUCUUUCUCAGAUCCAUCCCUACAUUUUCUAGCUGCUCAGGGUGAAAUUGCAAAGAUUAAAGAGGAGAUUGACAAAGGUAAAUUUAGCUUGUUUUUGGGUUUGCUUAGUAUUUUCACUCUCUUAAUCUUAAGUAACAAUAGAGAGAUUUAGAGUCAUGUUUACGGUAAAUGGCAAAUGUGAAUUUGUACCACAUGACCAAGUUUUUCCUUAACUGGUGUUCCUCUACCCCCAGAUUAGUUAUUUCAUGUCAGUUUUGUCUUGGACUGUGUUUAGCUGCACGUUUUCUGUUUUAAGAAAUUUUUAACUUGAAUCUGACAUUUGCCGUUUACCGUAAAUGUAACUCUAAAUCUCUCUAAUGUCUUGAGAGACUGCCUCAUUCACAGUUUUGAUUGCAAUGUAGAUUUGAACGCAAAGGACAGCAGGAAAGGGGAAUGUGGGUUAGCACAUUCAGAGUUUUUGCUUUGCUCUUUAAACCAGUUCCUUUUCUUAUUUUCCCAUUUCUGUGGGUGUCACUAUGGUUGCUGUAGCUCGCUAGUAGCGUUACCAGGUGAGACAAUUCUUUGAUGGAAAACAUGCAGUGAAAACAAUGUCUGCAUAGAGAGGCUCAACAAUUCUUUGUUUCUUUGUUACUGGUGUAUUUAAUAUAUUUUUUAACUUUAUCAUGGUAGGUACAGAUGUGAAUGCUGUGGAUAAAACAGGCCUGACACCCCUAGCUUGGGCAGCCGCUCACAGACAGGUCAGUUGGAGGUCUUCUGGAUAGACUACGAGUAACACAGUGAGGCACAGGGAACCCAUGUUAUUAGAGUCACACCAUAAGAUAGCAUGGAAUCUCACUGCCCUCUUAACCCUACUCCCUCAGUAGAAUGCUAAUAGUCAAUACCAUUACCAUUGCCUACAAUUCCAGUCAAAACUACUUGAGAAUGUUUUUCCCUUAAUGUGCACUAUGCCACAAAACUAGUUCCAAAACAACUACUUAGUAGAAAGAAAUCCCCUUUCCCCAGUUCAAUGUUGCUUCCUAAAAACGCCCAGGGAUUAUGCUUUUUUUUACAUUGCUUCCAGGGGGAGAGGGAGAGGGAAGAAUCGGUACAGCUACAAUGUUUAGAAAAAUGUUCCUCAAGUAUGUGAUUUUCUCCACAGUAAUUGUCCAAGAUUGUAGGCAAGCACUAAUACGGAUUUAAGUAGGUCACAAUGGAACCUUGAUGUAAUGAAGGGCCUAGGGACUGGGAAUAAUAUUGUUUGCCAUAACAAGGUUUUGUCUGACGCAGUCUAUCUUGUCUGAGGUGGCUAACCAUGAUGGAAGAGACCAGGAUUCUAAUAAAAAUUCUUGAGUCUAUCUACCAUCAUGCAUGUGAAUUACCACUCUGUCUAAUAAGAUUCUGUUAUGCUUUGUUUUGUGUGCAUGCUAUAGAAAGCAACCAUAACCAUACUGCUUCAGAGUGGAGCAGAUGCCACAGCAUGUAGUCCAACUGGUGAGACAGCGUUAUCAUUUGCCGCUUGUCAGGGGCAGCUGGAUGCUGUUGAACAGCUCCUUGAGUAUGGUGCAGAUCCUGAUAUUGCAAAUGUGGUAUGUAUUAAGAUAAGACUGACCUGUCGAUACAUGUCAUAUCCAUACUAUCCAGUAACGUUUACUGUUUUCAAUUAAUUGUUCUAGAAGGCAACAUUUUACCAAAAUUAAGACACUGUCUUCAUGAAAAAGAAAUGCACGUAGAUCUGACUGUACCUUAGGCCAGGGCUUUCCCUAAGAUAUUUUCAAGCAUGGGAUCUCACAGCUAGAGAUUUCUUUUGGUUCUUUUUUUCUUUCUAAGAUUACAAAGAGAGAAACAUAGAGGGAACUAAUAUAAACUCAACAGGGCAUGAGACUCUCUAUGGUUAAAAUUAGUUUUAAAGUAAAGGUGUCCAUCAGGAUGAAAACACAGAAGUACAAAUUGUCCCCUCUCCCCUCCCCCCUGCCAAAAAAAAAAGAAAAACAUAAAAAAAAGGGAAAAACUAAACACUGCUAAAAGGAUCUGUCAGGGUCAUGCGACUUUUCAUAUUAAAUUAGCCCUGUGCAAAUUGAUGCAACAUUGUUGGCCAACAACUCUCAACAUUUUUGGGAGUUGUUGCAUCUGUUUGCACAUAGCUAAAAGUUUGACUGGUUUCCAACUUUGUGCAACAACUCCCGACAACAUGCAACACAGUGUGCAAAUGUAACAUCCAACAAUUUUGGUAGUUGUUGGCCAACAAUGUUUCGUCCGUUUGCACGGGGCUUUAUAUAGUUGUUACUUACCUUGACAUAAGUGUUCGUUCUUUGGAUUAUAGGAAGGAGGCACACCCCUGAUGUAUGCAGCUUUUAAUGGCUACCCGCAAGUCGUCAAACUUCUCCUAGGUACGGAAACAUUUUAAAUAAAUGUAUGUUCAAUUUCUUUUUCUUUGCUCUGCCCUUCCAUCGACUCAAAGACCACUUUUUUUGUCGCCGAAAACUGAAGCCUUUGAAUACGCUCUUUUAAUGGGUGCCAUGGGUUCUUUUUUUACCAUACAUGCAUACGGUAAACUGGGCAACAAAAACAUGAAACAUAUUUUGCAACAUGAUUGCAAAACGACUUGAAUAGCGAUGUCGCGAGAGAGUAGUUCUACUUUUUGCAACAAAAUCUGUACAUGUUGCGCGUUUUAUACCGGCCCAAGGGAAACUUGGAUGUUUUGCAGCAAGUGACGUAACCCCCGUGUAUGGCAUAACUCCCGCGUUAUUUUAUCCAAUCAGAAGUUAGUAUUCACGCAACUUGCAACAAGCUGAUUUGUUACAAGACAGGUUUGAGCGUGGGUCAGUAAAACGCGCAACAUUGCUUUUCAACUCGUUUUGCAGCAAUGUUGGAAAACAAGUUGCACGUUAUUUUGCCCGUCCUGGCGCAAUGCAGCGUUUCAGUACUAGACUUAACCUGAGAUCAGGCGUUGUUUAUUUAUUUUAUUAUUAUUUUUUUUUGCUUCUUUGCUUCGAGACAUAAAGGGAUAAUAGGGAGAGGGCAUGAUCUCAGGCUGUACUAUAGACUCUGAAAAUGAUACGAAAAGUUUUAACUUGUGAAUGCAAAUAAGCCGUUUUCAAAUUUCAUCUGGAUCAUUCCAAACACCAAACUAACGUUAUAUUAAAAGAGAAUGUGACACUGGACAAUUCCAAGCAUUGAUAAACCUGUCACCCUUGAAGUAAACCAACUAAUUGGAGACACUGCUUUCGACGAUGUUUUACACCUAGGUAUUUUUUUGUUGCUGUUGCUAUUAUAAAAAUCUUACCCCGGACUUUCUUAAUUUUAUGUGAUUAUUUAAGUGACAUAGUUGCUCGAAAUUGCUUAAGAGCAAAAAUUGCCAAAUGCUUGAAGAAAAUUUUAAAAUGAUUCCUAUGUUUAUUUUUAUUCAUGCAAGAACAUGGGGCGGACUUAACAGCAACUAACAAUGAAGGACAAACUGCAAUAAGUCUGGCUGUAGGAGUAGGCAAUAAAAACGGUAAGUUUACCUUCAUCGACUUCCAGUGGCUUUCAUUCGGUUCGUUCAGAACGGCUUCAAAACCAAAGUUACCCAGGAAACUGUGAGCGAACCUCCUUCUAGACCUAUGGGCAGUCGUUCAAGGUGGCAAAAACAACAGCGAAAGUUUUCGCUUCCGGGUCGCCAAGAACUUGCUAAGCUACGGGCCAGUCGCUUGAACUCAGUUGGGGGAGUCAAAAUUUAUAUAGUGUAUCUCUUGGACCUUACAUAAGAAAAGAAGUUCAUAGGUUGCUUGUCAGUACGAUAUAACAUUCGUUGGUUGUUACACCUUCCUCCCUCUCUUUUCAGCGUGUCGGGCGCUCGAAAGGAAAAGUAAAAACAAAUCGAGUGCACGAGAACGAGAGAAAAAAGCAUUCCCGGAGCUUUUAUGAUAACAAUGAUAAGAUAGAAAAUGACUGUGAUUUAGCGGACUGGCUAAACUGUGCCUUAAUAACAAGGAAGGAUAACGUUGCAUAGUGCAAAAAGACGGUAUGACGAAAAGUUUUUUUUUCCCCACUGAGGAAACAACGCUUCGGACCACCUAACUUCACAGAGUAAACGGUGACUAUGCACACUGGAUGGGUUGGACUCUGAAUAUGACUGAAUUAGUAGUUUGUACUCGAACUUCUUUUUUUAAAAUUAAUAAGUAAUAUGAACAUAGUUGAUAUUAAGUUCAAUUUUUUGUCAUUUUGUUUUGCAGUCCAACGCGUCAUAGAAGAUUACCUUCGCUCGAUCUUAGAAGGUCACUCGUGA